CACAGCCAGCCGUGCUCCAGCCCACGAGAAAACAACCCGCGCCAUGCCGCUCACCCAGCAGCAGCGAGAACGCGCCACCGCGCCUCCACUUCACCUCGUCUUCGUGCCAUUCCUGGCGCGCAGCCACUUCGCGCCCCUCGCGGCCAAGGCCGCCGCAGCCGCCGACCCCUGCGGAGAACACGGCGUCUCCACCGCGGCCACCACGGCCGCCAUCGUCACCACGCCGCACUUCGCGGCCCUCGCGCCGCCGUCCGUGCCGGUGCACGUGGCGGAUUUCCGCUGCCCGGGCGGGCACGAGGACUUCUCCCUGCUCCCGGACGAGGCAUCCUCCGGGCCGGCCUUCUUCGCCGCCGCGGAGUCCGCGCUGGCGCCGGCGCUCGCGGCCGCCCUCCGCGCCCGCGACGGGCCAGCGGCGGUCGUCUCGGACGCCGUGCUCUACUGGGCCCCGCGGGUCGCGCGCGACUGCGGCGUGCCGCACGUCACGUUCCACACCAUCGGCGCCUUCGCCGCGGCCGCCAUGGUCGCGGUCCACCUCCACCGCCCCGAGGUCCUCCCGGACCCGUUCGUCGUCCCCGGCGGGUUCCCGUGCCCCCUCAAGCUGCGCAGGGCGCAGGUCAACGAGGAGGCUCUGGCGCACCUCCCGCUCUUCCGCGCCGCCGAGGCCGAGAGCUGCGCCAUCGCGUUCAACACCUUCUCGGCGCUCGAGGCCGACUUCGCCGCCUACUACCAGAGCCAGCUCGUCGGGCGCCGCAAGGAGGUGUUCCUCGUCGGCCCCACGCGCGCCGCCGCUGUCUCUGCCCGCACCGCCGAGCGGGACCCCAUCCUGCAGUGGCUCGACGGCCGCCCGGCGGGGUCGGUGGUGUACGUGUGCUUCGGGAGCACGUGCGCGCUGGGCGAGAGCCAGCUCCGCGAGCUUGCCGCCGGGCUGCGCGCGUCCGGCCGGCCGUUCCUCUGUGUGAUCCCGGCGGCCGGAGGGGAGGGUGGGGGCGGCGGCACGUCUCGGGAGGAGUGCGCGUCCAGCCACGGCAUGGUGGUGGCCGGGCGGUGGGCGCCGCAGGCGGAGAUCCUGGCGCACCGCGCCGUGGGCGGGUUCGUGACCCACUGCGGCUGGAACUCGGUGCUGGAGGCCGUCUGCGCCGGCGUGCCACUCGCGACGUGGCCGCUCCGCGCCGAGCAGUUUGUGAACGAGGCGUUCCUCGUGGAGGUGCUCCGCGUGGGGGUGCGGGUGCGCGAGGGGGGCCUGGAGGCCGUGGUGCCGGCCGACGCGGUGGCGCGCACCGUGGGGAGGCUCAUGGGCGACGGCCAAGGCGAGGAGGCGGCCGCGGCGGCGAGGAGGGCCAGGUCCAGGGAGCUCGGCGCCGCGGCGCGUGCGGCGGUAGCUGAGGGCGGCUCGUCUUGCGGUGACUGGGCACGGCUGGUAGAAGAGCUCAAGGCGUUGCACGGUAGCAAGAGUGAUCCACCGAUGUGAUUGGUUCCUAAUACUUGUCACGCACGGCGAACGCGGUACAUGCUUGGCUGCCCUUGCUGCCAAAAGCAUAAAGACACCAGAAAUAAAGAGAAACAAAAUAUAAACUGGACACCAUGUUCUACGCGCUCUCACGUUUUCGUGACCAUAUGGCUAGUCCCAGUGCAGGUUUCAUUGCACUGUUUUCAAAG